AUGGAGAGCUACUCGGACAUUCCCAUAUACAUAUUCAUUCAUACAUUACGUCAUACUUUUAACUACUUUUCUUCUAAUGCUAAAUUCCUCAAUUUACAGGUGACAUUUGACGAAAUAUUUGCCGAACCUCACCCUACAGUGUUUUCCUUCGACAAGGUGUGGAUCCUCAGUUAUAAGGUAUUCACCAACACGAAACUGUGGACGUACCGAAUCAUCACUCUCCUCCUGUCUAUCCCCCUCUCGGCGGUGUGGGGGGUGUACUUUGCCUGCCUCGCCUUCUGCACCAUCUGGUGUUGUCGCCCGUGCAUCAAGUCGUACGACAUCGAGCUCUCCUGUCUUCGGGGAUUCUGGGAAAUCUUACUGUCGACAUUUUACAGGCCCUGUUUCGAGUCAAUCGGCUACUGUUUCUACAACAUUCGCAUUCGAACGAUAAAGGAAACUGUGUAGCGAGACCCUCAAUCGAAGUUCUUCAUCGAUUAACUCUUAACCUUUAUGUAUUGUGGUGUACGAAAUAUUACGUAUAUUUUUUAUCCUUGUGUUUAGAACUACUAUUCAACUUUAGUCGUAUUUUAAAAUAAUACUGUAAAUGUUCAAAUAAUUGCAUGGAGGUAAUGCCUGUUUUGCCAACUGAAUAUUUUAAAAGUUAAUUUCAGUAGUCUCCAGACUCUUGUUUCAGCCGAGGUGUUACGAAUGGGUCCGAUAUGGUGCUGAGGUAUUACGAAUAGGUCCAACAUGUACCUUAGAAUUAUUCCGAAAGAUUAAUUUCCGAAAACAACUGUCUGAGUGUUGUUUGAGCUUAUACUGGCAGCAUAAGAUAACCAUGUUAGGGUUGUGUAUUCUGUAAUCAUUUGUCAUAUUAUAUGUACAUUUUGUUUUUACUACAUAUAAAUUAUCUUCAUUUUUAUUUUCAGAGA